AUGGGUCUUGGUGAUCUAUCAAUAAAUCAAGGAAAAAUCAGAGCCCUAUCAAUUGAAGAAAAUUUGGAGUUGGAGAGGGAGCUUGCCUCCUUGAAUAAGCCUGCUGUGAAGACCAUCAGGACUAUCUAUGGAGACAUUUACGAUUGUGUGGAUCAAUAUAAACAACCAACUCUUGACCAUCCCUUGCUUAAAGAUCACAAAAUCCAGACUAGGCCGAGCUUUGCUCAGAAUUCAUCAAAUGCUAGGGCCAGCAGGCCAUCAGGAAUUUCAUCAGUACAUAUCGGCUUGGAUGAUGAAUGUCCAUCAGGAACAGUCCCCAUUCGGAGGACAACAAAGGAAGAACUGUUAAGAGCAAAAACCAGUUUCAGAAAACUUUUUCCAAGUUUUUAUCAGGCAAAUGCAGAUAAUAUAAUCAAGCCCAAAUUUGCAGGAAUUUUUGCAGGACGGAAACAAAGUACAGUGUACCAUGGAGGUGCUGGAUACAUUAGUAUCUGCAAUCCUGCAGUCGAACCUGGACAAUUUAGCUCAUCCGUAAUUGCAAUUGAAGGUGGUCCUGCUGAUUCAUUCAGCACAAUCAGGGUUGGAUGGAUGGUCAAUAUAGAUCUCUUCAAGGACAGUUUCACUCGCCUAUAUACUGUUUGGGGGCAAGCCGCCGGUGGAAUUUCUCAUGGUUGCUACAACACAUAUUGUUCAGGUUUCGUCCAAACAGAUACCACAAUAGCACUGGGGAUGGUCCUUGAACCAAUUUCAGUUGUUGGUGGAACUCAAUAUUACAUCUCACUGGAAAUCAAUCAGGAUAAGGAAACAGGGAACUGGUGGCUCGUGUAUGGCGAAAAUGGGAAAACAAUUGGGUACUGGCCAAACAGUCUGUUCACAUAUCUGAAGAAUGGAGGUGAAAUUAUUGGUUGGGGAGGAAUUGUAUACACCACAACACAAAAUAUGCCAGCUAUGGGAAACGGAGACAAUGGGGAGCUGUAUAGUUGCCAUUUUAGGCAAGUUGCAGUGAAAUAUGAAGCAGGGUCAGGUCUCAAUGGGAGCAUGGAUGCGCCAAUUAAUGUUAUAAAAAACAAAUGCUACAAGGCUGGAGAUAAUUCCUACAAAGGAUUAUACUGGGGUUACAGCUUUUAUUUUGGUGGGAAUGGUGGGGAUGUGAACGAGUGUUCUCAGAAACUCUAG